UGUGCCUCAAUCCAUCUUACCGCAUCCAAGGCAAUACGGGAACUGCAUUGAACAAAGUUGUGCGGGCGAGAACCAACAAUUAUAGAGCCUGUCCCUUUACACACACUGCUCUCUCCCUCUCUCUGUGGACGGCAAAAUACGUGCCCAACAUGUCCUAUCUUCCCCGUCACACGGACAUCUACCCCUCCACCUCCUUCGGCAUUGGCGGCGGCGGUGGCAGCACCAGCAGCACCAACACAUCCUCGACGCUGCUGCGCUCCAGCUCGCAACCCGCCCAAUCCCACCUACAGGCCCGGAUCGCCAGCAAACGCGCGGAGCUCGAGAACCUGCGCCAACUGCGCGACCUGAGCGCGCACCUGACGGGGCAGCUGGAGCAGCUGGAGACGAAGCUGGGGAGCCUGCGAGACGGCGCGCAGGCGGUGGCGCUGGUGCUGGCGAACUGGGACAACGUGCUGCAGGUCAUCGGGAUGGCGGCGAUGAAGGUGCCCCAACCGCCAGCGCCGCCUGCGCCUGACGUCCCGGACGGGAAUGGGGAUGAAGGAGAACACGGGGCGGGACAUCUGAAGACAACGCGAGAACGAGAGUUGCCAGUGCCCUUGGUCAGAAUACCUGUACAGCCCAAGACGGAAGAUGGUGGAUGAGCGUAAUACAACGCUUAUCUACAGCAUGCUUGCUUUGAAGAAAGGGACCGGACGUGUACUUUGGUUUGGACAUGUGUACAAGAGCGUGUACAAGACCACACGAACUACUUCCAAGUCCAAGGCACGGAUCCCUCGACGAAUACCAUGAAGACGGAAGAUGCACAAACAAUAGAGUCUGAAUUUAAUGGAGGUUUCGGCUUGUACUAACGGCUCGCUCGACAUUGUGCCUUCUGACAACUAUCCCACCAAAAUCGUUGCCUGAACGAGAGCCUUUGUUGGGUCUUCCAAGCCUAAACAUAAAACUAGUUUUGUCCAUACCAACACCUUCGCUGAAGAACAAGACCU